CACGCCCCCGUGCAAGUGAAUCACUGCGGUCAGUGGGAGUCAGCAGUUUGUGCAUGUGUAGGGUGGUGGUGUUUCCUUUUAGUCAAUAACCUUCCGCGGCCCGAAAAAGAAGUGCUUCCUUUUACGCACCGACACCGCGUUUGACCCUUGUCGAAUCCUUGCCCCCUCGGCGGGGCACCCUUUCAGUGGCAAGUGGCGACCCACCUGGCAAAGCUGGCAUGGAUAGGCGCAUUAAUUGGUCGGCCAAGGAGGUCGAAGAAAUGAUCGAGAGCCUGAAAGAACGUGAAAUCCUGUGUCAACCGGAGGGGAAGAAGCAUCGCGGGCUCGAUGCUUUCAAGGUCGUGGCGAACGAUAUGCGUAAGAAGGGUUUGUUCCGUUCGCCGGAACAAAUCCGCGCAAAGCUGCGCAUCUUGCGGAAGGACUACUUCAAGGCGGUUCGGUCCGGCUCGAAGAUUGAGUACCGGGCGUGCGAAUUUUUUACCUCUCUGCACGAUCUGUUCACCGAUGCGCAGCGCAAGAUGGAGGACAGAAAGCUUCAACAGCUGCGCCGUCAACAACAGCAGCAGCAUCAGCAGAUGCUGCUGCAGCUGCAUCAACAGCAGCAACUGCAGAAAUCAGAGCAACCGCAGCAACAACCGCAGCAGAAACAACAGCUUCUGAACAACAAUAGCAGCGCUAUUAGCAACCAUCAAAAACCGCAUCAGCAACAGGCGCAGCCACAGCACCAUCGAACGACGGCAACUAGGACUAAAGCUAGCAAAAGUAGUAAUGUGCACAGUGUCGAGAGUCGAGAUGUACAACAGCCGGUCACGGUUGGUGUCGAGUCGGCGGUGGUUGAUGCCGUGCCGGUGGCGAUUAGUUCCGUGCCGGCGGCGGUUGGUUCCGUUCCGGCAGCGGUUGGUGCCGUGCCGAUGGCGGUUGGUUCCGUGCCAGCGGCGGUUGGUGCCGUUCCGGCAGCGGUUGGUGCCGUGCCAAUGGCGGUUGGUUCCGUGCCGCCGGCGGUUGGUGCCGUGCCGGUCACGAACGGUCUCGGUAGUACAUUCAAUGGCAGUGUUAGUGCGCAAGGGGCGGCCCCGACGGCUCCACCGGAUCCGCUGCCAGACAAGUACCAUCUCAAGCUGAACGAGUACUUACCAAGUUUAAACACUUCGCUGGCCAAUCUGUGCAAAAACGAACGAUAUGCCGACGUCAUGUUGCUGGUUUGCAAUGACGAGGAGCACAUGUCCAUUCCCGCCCACAGGCUCGUGUUGGGAACGUUCAGUUCGUACUUCGCAACCAUCUUCGAGCGUACCGCGCACAUGGCCCCGCAAAGUAUGAUGUACAUCGUGCUGCCGCCGCUCGUGACACGGUCCGCCGUCCAGAGCCUUCUGCACUACAUGUACUCGGGAGAGGCGAUUGUGCCGACCGAUAGUUUGGGAGAUGUGAUGCUCUCCGGUGAGCUGCUGCGCGUUCAUGGCUUCUGUAAGAGCAAACCGCCGGGCAUGUUGUCACAAAAGGCGCCACCGUCUCUGACCUCCGUACCCUUGAUGUCGGUGACGCGAAAUAUGACCCUAAACCAUACGGUACAGGAGGAAAUUCGGCCGUCGACGAUACCGUUUGGAGCACCGGUCAUCGAGCAAGCGGAACCGGAGAGACAGCAGCAGCAAUUGCCGCCGUUGCAACCACCUGUCAUCAAGAGGCCUCCAUCGGGAACGCGAAAAGGAGCGUGA